AUGGAGCUGGAAGACGCAGCUGUUUCUGCCAUCCUCUCCCUCAUGGGGAAGGUUGUGAUUGCAGCAAAUAUAAAAUACCGAGACUGGAGGCCGGCGCUGAAUCUCGCUGCCCUGGACUGUGCUGACGAGACCAACAGUGCAGUGUGCAGAGACUUCAACAUCCCCGGCUUCCCGACCGUGAGGUUCUUUAAGGCCUUUACCAAGACCGGCUCGGGAACAACAGUGCCAGUGGCUGGUGCUGACGUGCAGACGCUGCGGGAGAGGCUCAUUAACGCGCUGGAGUCCCACAGUGUCACGUGGCCCCCUGCCUGUCCCCCACUGGAGCCUGCCAGGCUGGAGGAGAUUGAUGGGUUCUUUGCAAGAAACAAUGACGAGUACCUGGCCCUGAUCUUUGAGAAGGAAGGCUCCUACCUGGGCAGAGAGGUGACUCUGGACUUGUCCCAGCGUCGAGGCAUCGCCGUGCGCAGGGUCCUGAACACGGAGGCAGACGUGGUGAGCAAGUUCGGUGUCACCAACUUCCCAUCGUGCUACCUGCUGUUUCGGAACGGCUCCAUCUCCCGGGUCCCCGUGCUUGUGGAGUCCAGGUCCUUCUACACGGCUUACCUGCAGAGGUUCUCUGGGAACACCCGGGAGGCUGUCCAGACCACGGUCCCACAAACCACCGCUAACACGGUCGCUCCCACCGUGUGGAAAGUUGCAGAUCGCUCCAAGAUCUACAUGGCCGACCUGGAAUCUGCACUGCACUACAUCCUGCGGGUCGAAGUGGGCAAGUUUUCUGUCCUGGAGGGGCAGCGCCUGGUGGCCCUGAAAAGGUUUAUGGCAGUGCUCGCCCAGUACUUCCCCGGCCAGCCCUCAGUCCAAAACUUCCUGCACUCCAUGAACGACUGGCUCAGGAGGCAGCAGAGGAAGAAAAUCCCCUACGGUUUCUUUCAAACCGCCCUGGAAAACAGGAAGGAGGGUUCCGUGAUUGCCAAGAAGGUGAACUGGGUUGGCUGCCAGGGGAGUGAGCCACAUUUUCGGGGCUUUCCCUGCUCCCUGUGGGUCCUGUUCCACUUCCUGACCGUGGAGGCAGCUCGGAAAAAUGUUGACCACUCGCAAGAAAAAGCCAAGGCCCAGGAAGUCCUCCAGGCCAUCCGGGGCUACGUGCGCUUCUUCUUUGGCUGCCAAGACUGCGCCGGCCACUUCGAGCAGAUGGCUGCUGCCUCCAUGAACCGGGUGGGGAGCCUCGACGGCGCUGUUCUGUGGCUCUGGUCUAGCCACAACAAGGUCAACGCUCGCCUCGCAGGUGCCCCCAGCGAGGACCCCCAGUUCCCCAAGGUGCAGUGGCCGCCCCGUGAACUCUGUUCUCCCUGCCACAAUGAACUCCGGGGGACGCCUGUGUGGGACCUGGGCAAUACCCUCAGGUUCUUCAAGAUCCACUUCUCCCAGAACAACGUCGUCCUGGACCUUCCUUUAGCCAGGCCUGGCCCCCGGAGGGGCGCACAGAGGAUGGCAGGCUCCCCACAGAUGGAGCUGGCGACCGGAAAUUCUACCGUGGUCCCUGAGAAUGCUGAGAUUGUGGUGGGCCGAGGGUCAGAACCCCCUGGGACUUUCACCCUCGAUGUUCCAGUGGAGAGACUUGGGGCAGGUGGCCCUCAGGAGACGCAGGCUGGCCUCGGUGUGACCGGAGCCGGGUCAGACCAGGGCCCUUCCGAGCACUUAGUGGAGCUUCAGAGGGAUCAGUUGGAGCAGCCAGAAGGGCAGCGACCUUUAGCCAAGCGAGACACAGGAGCCAUAUUGCUGGCUGAGUUCUCGGCUGUGAAAGACCUCCCCGGAGGCCCUUCCGAGCUGAGACGAGUAGGCCGCAGCUCCAAGCAGCUGGCCAGUGUCCCUGAGAGGGAGCCAGAGGCCGGGGCCAUGCGAAGCCGAGGCCAGUGGCUGCAGGUGCUGGAAGGGGACUUCUCCCACCUGGACAUCAGCCUCUGUGUGGUGCUCUACUCCCUGUCCUUCAUGGGCCUGCUGGCUGUGUACACCUGCAUCCGGGCCAGGAUGAGGACCCUGAAGGGCCACGCUAGCCACCCCGCAGCCUGAACCAUCCGACUUGGGAGGGCAGCAGGAGUGGGAGCUGCUACCCAAGAGGCUCCUCCAGCCCUCUGCCCGCUUCCUCUCCCCUUCCUCCUUGCCUAGGGAAAUCCAGGAAGACCAGUUGGGCCUCCUGGGAAUGAGUGCUCCACAGAUGCAGAGACAGGCACAGGGUGGAGGUUCCUCUGAAGCAGGGGCAGGGGAGCCCUGGGCAGUGAGGGCGCUGGCUCAGCCCCCAGCCUCUCAGCACCAAAUUCCUCUUUUUUUAGCUUAUUUGAAGUCCUGCCUCACUUUUGCUGAAGCUUCAAUGUCUCCUGCUUGGUCUCGGCCAUAAAUUGGGGCCAGUGAGCCACAGUGUCCAAGGCUUCUCCUGAGGAGGGUCCCCGGGCUGUGGGCAGGAGAGGGACUCCUCACUGCAUUCCAGGGCUCCAACCAUCCCGCUCCCUCUGCGUAGGAAGAGGCCUUCUCACCAGAAGGAAGGGUUGCCUCUGGGCCUCCGUGGCCCGCCCACCCUCCAGCCCCUCAGACCUCGUGCUGAGGGUAGGGUCUUCUGGAAGCUUCUGGAAGUCAUGCUGGCCUCCCAGGUGAGGUUGAUGGGAGGACAGCCUCUGGCUGGUGCCUUCCCAGACCUCUGCUACAGGAAGCUCACAGGCUGGAGUUGAUGUGGACGUGCCCGGCUGGGCGGGUGAUGGUCACUGGGCUGGGGGUGAGUGGCUGGCUUAGCAGGACUGGAUGAGGGGCUCGUGUGGGAUUUAGGAGGGAUGCUGGGGUCUCUAGUGCCUUGCUCUGGGCUUACCUGUGAGAGGCAGAGUGAAGCCUCGGGAAAAAAAAUAGUUGCUUCAAAUGCGCUGUGGCUCUUCCUUUUUGGGCUCACCCCUCCUGGAGCUGAGUCUUUGUCUUUUGAUUUUAGUCUCCAAAGUAGAUGCUAGUCUUUGAAGGUGGAGGGUGCUGGAGUGAGGGGAGCGUCAUCUCUCUCGAAGGUCCAUCACCUGUUACAUAGAGGUGAAAGGGUCAGAGGGUGGGUGACACUGUGCACAAGCUUGAUUUUCACUCUGUCACUGCUUGGGAGGGCUGUGGAAUAAAUUAUUUUUGUUUAGGCAAGUA